AUGGCGCACCGCUCAGUAACCGAAUCCCUCUCUCCCCACCAGCUGAGGAAGCGCCGGCUGCCGCGCAAGCGCAUUCCAUACCCGGAAGCUGGUCGGUAGAAGGCACGCAUGCGCACCUGCGCAGUUGCCGAGAGACUGGAACGCAAGAGGGCUAGGCUUCACUGGGUGGAAGAGGCGCGCGGAGGCUGGUAGGGAAUAGUGAUAAAGAGCUGGUGCUGUACCGAUUUGAGUGUUGCUGGCGAAUGUUGGGCAGCUUCUUAGAUCAGGCUAUGGGCAGCUGCUAGCCGUGGGGUUCCUGCAUUGUGUGUGGGGGUGCGGUUUAGACUAGAUGACCCUAAGGCUCCCUUGCAAUUCUGUGCUGCUAGGAGGGCUGUAUACAUACAGCUUCCACGAUCAAAUGCAGCGUGUUUCUGAACACUAGUUGCUGGGGGGACGGCAAGGAGAGAGGGCUGUUCUCCACACCACUAUAUAUGUGUGUGUACUUGCAGCACAGAGGAUACGACUUCAUGUAUCCGAUGAAGUGGACUGUAGUUCACGAAAGCUGAUGCUGUUAAUAAUAACACCUGUAUAGGUGCAGGGGGUGUAAUUGCACUUGUUUGUUAUUGUAGUAUGUAUUCUUGUUUUUUGUGUGUGUGUGUGUGUGUUUUUGUACCAUAUUUUUCGCUCUAUUAGACUCACCGGACGAUUGGACACACCUAGUUUUUAGGAGAGGCUCCCUGCUCCCCUGCGGAGUCUUCAUCCCAUGGCUAAGCCAGAAGCUAGAACAGCCAGCGGGAUCCCACUCGCUGUUCUGGCUUCUUCUUUAGGGAGAGGCUGCGCACGGCUAAGGCUCCCCCAAGAGCCGUGCUCCCUUUAAAGAGUGGAGGGAGAAAAGCCCCCAAGAGCCGCACACACACUCCACGCAGCUCUUUAAAGGGAGUGCUGACAGAGCCUCCCACCUGCAUUCGCUGCAUAAGACGCACACACAUUUCCCCUUACUUUUUAGAAGGGGAAAAGUGUGUCUUAUAGAGCGAAAAAUACGGUAUGUUGUAUGCCACCCUGAGAUAUCUGGAUGAAGGGCAGUAUAGAAAUUUAAGAAUUAAUAAUAAUGAUAAUAAUGCAUUAGUCCUUAAGCAAGCUUGUUCUGUUAUUUUACUAUGCACAGCAGGAUGUUAGGCUAGAAUAUAGACCUUUCAUCUGAUUCGACAGGACUCUUAUUACAUUCAGUUACCGUAUUUUUCGCCCUAUAGGACGCACUUUUUCCCCUCCAAAAAUGAAGGGGAAAUCUGGGUGCGUCCUAUGGGGCGAAUGCAGGCUUUCACUGAAGCUUGGAGAGCGAGAGGGGUCAGUGUGCACCGACCCCUCUCGCUCUCCAGGCUUCGGGAACACAUCCGCAGCCUAGGCAGCCCUGCGGGAGGUCCCGCAGGGAUGUCUAGGCUGCGGAUAGCAGCCUGCUUCCCGGAGCGCCCGGAACACAUCCGCAGCGUGGGGAGCCCUGCAGGAGUUCCCCGCGGGGCUCCCCACGCUGCGGAUAGCAGCCUGCUGCCCGGCGGGCGGGGCGUCCUGAAGCAGAGCGCCCCGCGCGCCGGGCAGACAUCGGCCAGCCCCACAAGCUCGGGGGACAGCAGGGAGGCGCAGCGCCGCCAUCCCGCUGUUCCUCGACCUUGUUCGGUUUCCCUGACCUGCUUUUGGGGGGGGGGGGAUAAAGGGAAAAAAUUUUUUCUUUAUUUCCCCCCCAAAAAACUAGGUGUGUCCUAUGGGACGGAGCGUCCUAUGGGACGAAAAAUACGGUAAUAUGGGGAGACUGGGGUAAUCAUGAGGGGCUGUGUAUGACACCUUUUCUUUGCUAAUGUGCAUUAUUAGCAGGGAGCGAGUCCUCUUGAAUCCAGUGGGGACUUGUUCACUUGCUAGAUAAACACAGAAUUGUGCUGUAUGUGUCAGGCUACAAUCCCACUUGAGGUAUAAGGCUUUUGGGGUGAGCAGCCUGACUGGCAUGAUGAUGUUGGGCAUCAGUCAUAAUAAUUUUUCUAGUAUUUAUGGUGCCACAAGGCUAUUUUGUUGCUUUUGCUUUUCAGUUGUUUCUAGGUGGGAUUUCAUCUAACUGAGCCACCACAUUAAUCUAAAGGUUCAGUGCCCCUAAAGUUUGCUCUCUUUCUAGGAACACUAAAUGAAAUUAUUAUUAUAAUUAAUUUUUUUAUUUAUACCAUGCCCAUCUGGCUGGGUUUCCCCAGCCAUUCUGGGCAGCUUACAGCUUACUGUUCCUCCCACCAGAGCACUCUGAAAAUUGUGGCAACUAUUAGCUGUAACAAAGUCACAGUUUGUUUUUGUUAAUUUGUCGUUUAUAAUAAUGUUUUUAAUUGUUGUAAGUCUUCCAAGCUGGAAGAAAGUUGGGAUAUAAAAACCAUAUGUUUCGCUCUUUAAGACGCACCAGACCACAAGACGCACCUAGUUUUUGGAGGAGGAAAACAAGAAAAAAAAUAUUCUGAAUCUCAGAAGCCAGAACAGCAAGAGGAAUUCCUCUCACUGUUCUGGCUUCUGGGAUAGCUGCGCAGCCUGCAUUCGCUCCAUAAGACGCACACACGUUUCCCCAUACUUUUUAGGAGGGAAAAAGUGAGUCUUAUAGAGCAAAAAAUACGGUACUCUACAUGAAAUAAUAAUAACUUCCCCCCCAAAAAAUCAGUGAAAACUUUAGCUAUUUUCAAUGCAUUCUAAAAGCUAGAAAAAUAUUUUUUAUAGGCAAGAGGUCUGCAAGUGGAGUAUUAAUACCAAUCAUGGGUGAUGAAGAAGAUGACUACAUGUCUGAUUCCUUUAUUAAUGUUAAGUAAGUGCAAUCUUUUUCUAAACUUAUCAAACUUGUCAGUGCCUAACACAUGCACUAAUAAUUGAAGCUAUUUGUGGUGUUUCAGAUACAGAACUUUUCAAUUAUUUUUUGAGUAAGAGGUCUGGCUAAAAUGCUUCAAGUUGAUAUCACCUAGAAGUGGGUUCUUCAUCCUUGAGUCCCCUUUUGUUGUUGGACUAGAGCUGGCCAUCUGGGGACCCAGGUCUUGGAGUCUCAAACCACAUGCAAAUGUUGUUCUGACUUCUGUCAGGUCCUUUAGCACACCAUUGUAAGUAAGUAAGUAAGUAAAUUUUUAUUUAUACCCCGCCCUCCCCGGCCAAGACCGGGCUCAGCGUGGCUAACAUCAAAUACAUGAAAACACAAUCAAACAACUGAUUAAAAUACAGCUUAAAAAUUAGAAUCAGGAUAAAAUUAAAUGACUGCCCAUGAAUUACAACCAUAGGGGUCAGGAACCUCAAGUAUUCAUCAGGGCCAGCUAUCCAUGUUGGUCCCACAUGAGCCAAUAAAAGGGCCAAAGAGGUAACUUACAGAGUCCCAUAGAGGGGGUCAAAUUGGGCCCGGACCAAAGGCGAGGCGGAACAGCUCCGUCUUGCAUGGACUAACUGUACUGACUGCUCCACUCUUUUUCUGCACCAGUCCUUUCUUUGGGGCAAGAAGAGUGUUAAUCUCUUAUGUAGUCCCCUUUUCUGCUCCAAGAACACCUAGCACAGAAGUAGUUUAGAUUUCACUUAUCCAUCUCUGAACUGGGUGUAUCAUUUUUUUGGGAAACCAGAGAAAAGGUCUUUCCAAGAGGCACAAUGGCUGCAUAUGUGUGAUCAUCCAAAACCUUAUAAAGAAUAAACCAAGUGCCAUCGCUUUGCACUCUCUGGCUGCAUACUGGCUGAGGUGUAAAGAUCCUGGCUUGCUUUAAGCCAGAGCUUCCUAGUUCUGGUGUAUCAGGAACUCUGGCUUACUGCAACCCAGGCUCUUUGUGCUCAAGCUGGGGCACAGCUAGAGGAAGGAUAAUCAGGUGGAGCAAGGGAAUGAUGCAUGGCCAUGAUGCUUGUCUACAGCUUCAUAAACCAUGGUUUGUGAAGCCUUGGGUGAUUGAUCAAACAUGACCAGUGACAUUUGGGACUGAAAGCUGAACUGUGCGCCCUUCCUCUUGCCAUUUCAGAGCUAUCCAGUUCCUGGGUUACAGCUCCAGUUUGGCACCCUCAUAUAAUGUAGGAUACCUGCCUCUGUGCCACAGUGACUGAACUCAAUGAUUCUAGCCCAGCUACAUGGCUUUAAGUGGUUGAGGAGUAUGUUUAAGUGGCCCAUGAAACUGGCAUAGGAAUUGCUUAUUCCUAAAUCCAGGAAAAUGAACUUGAACUGGAGGGCGGAAUAGAUUCAGACUGCCACCUAAGCCAUUUUAAGCCCAUCCCUGCAUAGACUAACUCUUUGACUACACUCUUUCUCAACACUGCUUUUCCCACGGCCCUUUCUUGUGGACAAUGAACUGGUAAGCCUCUAAUAUAUUCCCCUUCUAUAGUCUCCUUCAGUAAGACCUAGCACAGAAGUAGCAGCCUCUAGAACAGGUAUGGGGAACAUUUGACCCUCUAGAUGUAGCUGAACUACAACUCCUAUCAUCUCUGACCAUUGGGCAUGCUUGCUGGGUCUGAUGGGAGUUGUAGUUUAGCAACAUCUGGAGGGCCAAAAGCUUCCCACACAUAUUCCAGAAUAUAUUACUGUGGAUUACAACUCCCUACUGAUUCAACCUAGGUUUUCCCUUCAAUUUCCUUGCCAUGCCUUUCAUAUACCAGUGUGUUCUGUGAGCAUGUUACAGCAACAGAAAUACCACUGUGUGGGGCUUUUAUCGUACCAUUUAAUCUAUCCUUGUUCCAUUUUAGCAGAAGAAAAGAGAAACAUAUUCUUCUUGCAAGAAUGAUAAUUACAAUAGAUUGGUGGUAUUCUGUUUGGAAACGGUAUUAACCUUGCAAUCUAUGUACACUUACCUGGAAGUGAGCCCCAUAAAACAUUGAGGGAUGUACGGUUAAGCAUUACAUGUGGUUCACUGAAAAUGCUCUUAAAACUUUAUUUAUUUAUUUCUGUAAUUGCUAUAUAAUAGUUUGAUAUUUGGACUUGUUCAGCCAGGACAUCAGACCAGGCAUGCCAAUGCUGAGGCGUACAAAGGAAGUGUUUAAGAAAGAAGAAAAACAAAAGGAAGCUAACGAGAGAAGUCGGCAAAAGAGUAUAAAAGAGCAGGAGAAAGAACAACGUGAUACUGUUUUAAACAUUGCUUUGGGAAACGAGAAUAAAGGUUUUGCUAUGCUUCAGAAGAUGGGUUAUAAAAGUGGUCAACCUCUUGGCAAAAGUGGUGAGUUUCUCAGCUUCCCUUUUUCUGAAUAAGACUGUAUCAUGGUAUUAUUAUGGUUGCUGUUUUAUUAUUAAUUUAUAAACCUUUUAAUGCCAAAAUAGGCUUCGAAGUGGUUUAGAAGUAUAAAAACCAAUGACACAAGCAUUAAAAUAUAAAAUUAAAAUACACAAACAAUCCAAUUAAAACAGUUCUUGGGUUGAGCGAUCAUGGGAAUGUCUGUGUAAUAGACCUGGGUGAUUUUUCAAUACAUAUCGUUCAGUUUUUGCCGCAGCCAAUCAUCAGCAGGCCUUGCCGCAGCAACCAAUCACAUGCCCAAUUGCCACUGCCAAUCCUGCUGGCUGCUGCCCCCCCCCUCGCUAUCCAUGUAUAAGACGACCCACAAUUUUUGCCUGUUAUUUCUAAGGAAAAAAUAUCAUCUAAUACACGGAAAAAUAUGGCACUCUUUUCGAUUUUGCAGCAAGCCCCGGCUCAGCAGGCCAGCGUGACAGACCAGUAGGCGUGAUUUACAGAGAUGCUGGCUUGGGGCUUGCUGGGAACCCCCUUUCCCCUCCCUUACCCCCGUGAAAGAAGAAACGGGGGUUGUUUUCAGAGUAAGAACAAAAAAUGUUGCCCUGUUAUUUAACUCUUUUUCUUUCCUUCCGUCUCCUCUUCUGCCUGUGUGGGUGUGUGUAUGUGAGUGCCCUGAUGCCUUUACUACCUGUCUGAGACUUUGACGGAGCCCCUUUCUUUGUGUAAAAGUAAGAACAAAAAAAAAGUUGCUGCGUAAGACAUUUUUGGUUCACCCUAAAUAGCUUCUCUCAUAUAAAAAAGGAAGGUUUUUUAAAAAAAAAAAUUAAAGGAUGCUAUCUCAUUGAUUGCCCUUCCUCCUUCCCUUUGAUAAAAACGGAGAGGUUGGUGGUAUAAUAAUAAUAACCACCAGCAGCAGCAUCACCUCAGAUUCACACACAAAUAUGCAGCCCUGGGUCUGCUGGCCAGUGGUUGGGCCAGAAUAUUAUUCCCUUUAGUUCUGCAGUCCCAGGCCCAACUAGCAGCUGGAACAGAGUGUUUUGCGUGCCCAGGCAGAGACCCCCAGCCCUGAGAGACCACCAGAAGGAAUAACGACCCGUGACAACGUGUUAUGGAAUUAAAAAUUGGCCACAGCUUUAUUAAACCUUUCAGAUGUAGGAAGACCUUGGCUUAGGCAUUGGGCAUGUAUCCCUCCCAGCCCCCCACCUGGGGGAACUGGGGCUCCUCAGGGUGGGUGGGACAUGGGAGGGUGCACAGCAAGAUGCUUGUGUAUGCUGGCAGCCCACCCCAUAUCCCCGCAAUGCAGGGGAGUUCACUGACAACCUUUCAGUGUAUGGCCAGUGACUCCCAUAUAAAGGUGCAAUCCCCUGUAAGAGGGGACCCUGGAAUCGCCGCUGUGGGGGGGGGUGAGUCACCACUUCACAGACCCCCCAAAAAAUUAGGGAAGAGGGAGAGAUUGGUGGAAUAAUAAUAAUAAUAAUAAUAACCUCAGAUUCACAAACGAAUCAGCAGCCCUGAGUCUGCUGGCCAGUGGUUGGGCCAGAAUAUUAUUCCCUUCAGUUCUGCAGUCCCAGGCCCAACUAGCAGUUGGAACAGAGUAUUUUUUCUGGAAGGGAGGAAAUAGCAAUCUCCCUGGAGCUGCUUGUUCUCUGGCUGGUGGUUUGGACCCGGCUGGUCUUCCUCUUGCCCUGAUACUUUCCCUGGGAGACGGGAAGUGCUAAUUAACAGAAUGUCAAAGCAAAAUAAAAAUCUUCAAAUAGUAACAUAAAUUUAUUGUGAGGUUAGAACCAGUAUAACUUACAUCUUGAGGGGAAUUACUCUACAACAUUAAUGUAGAAUCAUAUAAUAGUUAUUUUUUCAAGUUAUGGCGAAGGCCUGUUAUCUGUUCAGUAAAUUUCAUUUCUCCGGUUGAUAUUUUUUGAAAUGAUGCACGUACAUGAAAGAUACAGAGAACCUGUGCAAAAUACUUUAACUAGGCUGGACUCAAAUCUCUGUUCAGAUGCCAAGUAGAUAGCCUAAGGUGUGUCAUUAACUCAUGGUCUGAUCCACUUCACAGGGUUUGUUGUAAUGUGAGAACCCCAUUACAAGCCACUCUGAGCUCCUGUGAUGAAAGGAACAGAAAUGUGUCUAAUAGUGAUGAUCAUGUGUGUUUUUAUCAACCGUGACUGCUCUUGUUUUCUGCAGGAAAGGGGAUUGUCGAGCCUAUUCCUCUGAACAUUACCACAGGUUUGUGUCCAUUCUCUCCUUUUUAAUGUUUUAAAGUUCAAACACGGUGCCUCUUGAUGUGUUAACUAGCGCUUUGAACUUGGAACAGGCAGAAGUGGGCUUGGCCAUGAAGAAGUGAAGAAACGGAAAGCUGAAGAAAACUUGGAAAACUACAGGAGAAAAAUGCAUAUGAGGAAACAAGCGGAGGAGCAGACGGCUGACCUCUUCAAGUAAUGUUCAAGGGCUUCAUUCCUCGUCUUCUCUUUGCAAAUAAGAAUUGUAUUGUUUAUGGGAAGGAUUGUGGCUUCAUGGUGGAACACGUGCUUGCAUGCAGAAGGUCCCCUGUUGAAUCCAUGACCUCUGCAGAUAUGGCCAGACAAGACUCUUGUCUGAAACUCUGAAAAUUUCUUCCAGUCAACUGAGGCCAGCAACAGCCAGCAUAGUGGUUUCUAGAACCAUUGGCCAUGCUGACUGGGGCUGAUUGGAGUUGGGAGUCCACAUCAUCUGGAGAGCACUAGGUUGAGCAACAGUGCUGUGUGGGGUUAUCCUUCCCACAAUGCAUAAGAAACUGCCUCAUACCAAAUUAGGCUGCUACUCCAUCAAAUAUCACCAUCAGGUAUUGCCAGUAUGAACUACACCAGGGGUAGUUAGCAUAGUGUCCUCCACAUGUUAUUGGACUCCACCUCCCACAAGCCCCAGCCAGCAUGGUCAAAGAUCAGGGAUGAUGGGAGCUGCUCACAGUGAUCUGGGUCCCAAAAGGUGUGUGUAAUAUAGUAUUUGGGUUUGUGGCACUUCUAAACUGCCCAUCGUACAACUCCCACGAUGGUGAACAAAACAAAUUGAUAGAUACAUAUACACCAGUGUGGUGUAGUGGUUAAGAGUGGUAGUCUCGUAAUCUGGGGAACCGGGUUCACGUUUCCGCUCCUCCACAUGCAGCUGCUGGGUGACCUUGGGCCAGUCACACUUCUUUGAAGUCUCUCAGCCCCACUCACCUCACAGAGUGUUUGUUGUGGGGGAGGAAGGGAAAGGAGAAUGUUAGCCGCUUUGAGACUCCUUAAAGGAAGUGAAAGGCGGGAUAUCAAAUCCAAACUCCUCUUCUUCUCUUCUAUCAGUGUAAUAUCUCAACCAGUCCAAGUUAUGUUUAUUGGUAGUCAUGUUUCAUUUUAUUUUUAAGAUUGAGAUUGAAGACCAAACAGGAGCAACUUCAAGUAAAACGAGACCUUGUGAAAAGUCAGAAAGCCUGUCAACAACUAGAUAUGCAGAAAGUAAGUUUAAAUAAAAACAUUUCUUUCAAAUGUUUUUGUGCAUUUGUGACCCAAAGACUUUGGAUGGGUAUCAUUUACUGAAAGUAAGUAUGCAUAACCUACCAGACCAACUUUUUUACGAGCUUGUCCACCCACCCACGUCAUCGUAAGUCAAGUGUGGUGCACUGACAGGCUGAAAGCAAAAAAGAACCAACUCUCUUCUGGUUUACUUCCCUGCCUGGCUUCCUGUUUUUAUUGUCUAAGAACUACAUACAACAUAGACAUGGUCCCCAUCUUUUCCAGAAAAUGUUUUACUGCUUCGGUGAAUUGAAAAUGCUAAUAUAAUCUUUGCUAUAAUGCCUUGUGCUGCAUUUUCAUUUUUUCAGGUUUGAGUAUGCAACAAGUUCUGAGACUGCUUCUAUUGUCAUUGUUUGAGCAUUUUGCUUUUCCAGGUGUGCAAAGUUGCACCUUUUUCUCUUUCCAAAUUGCCAAGAAAUUGAUGGGGUGGGGUAUGUUGGUUGUUACUGCCAAACUUUUGCUUUAAAGGGCCUUGAAUCCCCCAAAGAGAUGUGGUUCUGGUUACAGCCAGAGGAGGAAAAGGAAGAUGACGUGGAUGCAGAGGAGGAGGAAGAAAAAGAGGAAGAUGAGUUUGACGUAAGUGUAGGGUUUAGAUACCAUUGGAAGCUGCAUUGCACUUCAAUAAUCUAAAUCGGGGGUCGGCAAAAGUUUUUAGCUGCAGGCCGGUCCACUGUGCCUCAGACCUUGUGGUGGGCCGGAGAAGCGGCAUGGGGGCGGGGGAGCUGGAAGAAGCGGCAAGGGGGGCAAGUAGUCCUCCUCCCCACCCCCCAGCCCCAGCUGCUGAACUUAACUUCCCAGGGGCUAUCACCACCGUCGCCACCGCUGCCACUGCUUCUCGUGCGUAGGCAAAGCGAUCUCGUCCGCUCUGCUCUCUUGCCCACAGGCGCACCAGGGAAGUGGCGGGGGGAAGAUGAGCAGUGAGAAAGGGCUGACUCCAGAGAGGGGCCAGCUCAGCCCAGCCCCGCCCCCUUCCUCCUCUAGGCAGGGAGGGGAGAAGCCACGAGGAGGGAGGGAGGAGGCACCACCACGAUGUGUGUGAGGGAGGGGGGGGAACGGAAUGGCGCAGGGGGGGAAAUGGCGCAGCCCAAAUGAGCAGAAUCCCCACGCCGAUUCACAGACAGUCCGUAGGUCAAAUCCUGAAGGCAAUUGGGCCUGAUCUGGCCCGCAGGCCUUUGUUUGCCGACCCCUGAUCUAAAUUAAUAAGCUAAAAUAAUUUUAAAAUUAAUGCCUAAUCCAUUUAUGCUUAAAGGUGUAUUUCAUUUGUCAAACACAGGAAUCAGAAAAGUUAAUCAUGUUGACAGCGUAUCUAAGGGAAGAACACCUCUACUGCAUUUGGUGUGGAACAACCUAUGAUGGUAAGAAAAAUACCAGGUAUUAAUAAUAGCUGAGCCCUCUUCUUUAGUUGGUCUGUUAAUGUAAACUAACAGUAUCUAAUGCCUUGGCCAAAAGAUGCAUGAGUCACCUUUGCACAACGAAAGCCUCCAUGUAAUAUAAACCUAAAUUUGUUUCUUUGGGAACCUUAAAGCUUAUUGUAUUCCCAAUUUUUUUCUUUGGAGUUGUUUGCAAGAGGAAAAGAAAUGAUGCUCUUAAUGUGUUUGAGGAUGCUCACCAUAAAUGGAAACCCCCCCUGCUCUUGAUAACUGCAGGCCAUAUCUGCAAUUAAUUUCAACAACCUGUUUAGUAUCACUGUGUAUGGCUUGUUUGAUCUUUUCUAAUUUACAGCUCUCUCUCCCCAAAAGGCUUAGUAUCUCAGUCCAGUGUGUUUUCCUUGUGGCAACUGUAUAAUGCUCUUUUUAAAAAUCUUCCAGAUAAAGAAGAUUUAUCCUCAAACUGUCCUGGAGACACUUUUGCAGACCAUGAAUAA